UCUCCAAAAUGAUUAAAAAAAGAAUAUUCUAAAAAAAAAAAAAUGCGAUCCUUAACAUGCUCAACGGCCAUAGCUUUUUUUCAUUCUUUCCGACAGCUAUCCAGCAAUCCUCAUCGUGUCUAUCUGCCAUGAUCUUGCUUUUCUUCUUCUUCCUUUCUCUUCUCUCCCAUUCCCAAUCCAAACCCAUCCUCAUUGUAACUCCGAAAACCCUGACUAAGUCGGGCGAUUCGGUUCUCAUCCAAUGGUCCGGCAUCGACUCACCGUCCAAACUCGACUGGCUCGGCCUCUACUCGCCCCCCGAUUCAUCCCACGACAACUUCAUUGGUUACAAGUUCCUUUCCUCUUCCCCCACUUGGGAGUCAGGGUCGGGCUCUAUUUCUCUACCCCUCACCUCCCUUCGCUCUAACUACUCCUUCCGAAUCUUCCGAUGGACUGAAUCCGAGGUGAAACCUGAUCUCCACGACCACGAUCAUAAUCCCCUGCCGGGUACGAAUCAUUUGUUGGCGGAGUCGGAGAGGGUGGGGUUCGAGCCGGGCCGUGGGCCAGAGCAGAUUCACUUGGCAUUGACGGGUCGGGAAGGGGAGAUGCGGGUGAUGUUCGUUGCGGAGGAUCCGGAGGAAAGGCACGUGAGGUAUGGGGAGAAGGAAGGAGAUUGGGAAGGUAACGUGGCGGUGGCACGUGCCGGGAGGUAUGAGAGGGAAGACAUGUGUCAUGCCCCAGCUAAUGAGAGCGUUGGAUGGAGGGAUCCUGGUUGGAUAUUUGAUGUGGUUAUGACGGGUUUAAAGGGUGGUGUCAAAUAUUAUUAUCAGGUUGGAAGUGAGUCUAAAGGUUGGAGCACAACACGCAGCUUUGUGUCAUUGGACACAAGUUCAAAUGAAACAAUAGCCUUCCUAUUUGGAGACAUGGGAACUGCUACACCAUACUUAACCUUUAGUCGUACACAAGAUGAAAGCAUAUCAACCAUUAAGUGGAUCCUACGUGACAUUGAAGCUCUUGGAGACAAGCCUGCUUUUGUUUCCCAUAUUGGGGAUAUCAGCUAUGCAAGAGGCUACUCAUGGUUGUGGGAUGAAUUUUUCAACCUAAUUGAGCCUGUGGCCUCCAAGGUGCCAUAUCAUGUGUGCAUUGGUAAUCAUGAAUAUGAUUGGCCUUCACAGCCUUGGAGACCUGAGUGGUCCAAUUCAAUUUAUGGAACAGAUGGGGGUGGUGAAUGUGGGGUGCCCUACAGCCUUAGAUUCAAUAUGCCUGGCAACUCUUCAGAACCAACUGGAACCCAUGCUCCAGCUACCCGAAACCUUUACUACUCAUUUGAUAUGGGGCCAGUUCAUUUCGUGUACCUUUCAACUGAAACAAAUUUCCUUCUUGGAAGCAGGCAAUAUAAUUUUCUGAAGCAUGAUCUACAGUCAGUUGAUCGGACAAAGACCCCUUUUGUUGUAGUUCAAGGGCAUAGACCAAUGUACACUACGAGCUAUGAAGUUAUAGAUGCUCCAUUGAGAGAGAGAAUGCUUCAGCACUUGGAACCUUUGUUUGUGAAAAACAAUGUGACCCUUGCGCUAUGGGGCCAUGUCCACCGUUAUGAGAGGUUUUGUCCACUGAAGAACUUCACAUGUGGAAGCAUGGGGCUAAAGGAGGAGGGCUGGGAAGCAUUACCGGUUCAUGUUGUGAUUGGCAUGGGAGGACAAGACUGGCAACCAAAAUGGGAACCUAGACCUGACCAUCCAAAUGACCCAAUCUACCCACAACCAAAGAGGUCUUUGUACCGCACGGGUGAGUUUGGGUACACUAGAUUAGUUGCUACAAAAGAGAAGCUUAUACUUUCUUUUGUAGGAAACCAUGAUGGGGAGGUGCAUGACAUGGUUGAGAUUUUGGCAUCUGGGCAAGUUCUUAAUGGCGGUGAUGAUGACAGUGGUAAAGUUGGUGUGGUCCAUAAGGAUGAGGUGAUGCAGUCCUCACUUUCACAUUAUGUCUGGGGUGGUAGUGUCUUGGUGCUUGGGGGUUUUGUUGGCUAUGUUCUUGGUUUUGUUUCACAUGCAAGGAAACGAGCUGCCUUAGGAAGGGGCUGGACAAACGUGAAAACUGAGGAGACAUGAAGAAAGCUAAAGCUGUAGCGUGUGCUUCAAAAUUUCAAACCUAUUUGCUGUAACACAUAGUUAUGCGGUCCAUAAUGGUGCUUCGUGCUCUCAUGCUAUUUUGACGCGGAUAAGAAGCUGGAUACAGGGUAUGGUGCAUCUUUAAACCUUUGUAAAAUAUUCAAUUUUUCGCACGUGGUUCUGAAGUAAAGCAUUUUAUGACAUGCUUCACUCUAUUGUAACAUAUAUGAUAUUUUAGUGUUGUGUCAAAUUAAUGACAAAUUUGUAUGUAUACUUGAUUUCAUAUCAGGCAUGAAUU